AUGUUGUUUAUGAGAAGUAAAGUAAUUUUCCUUCCGGUCAUUAAUAAUAUGCACGUGGCGGUUAUAUUCUCAAAGCUCCAUUUUCAUUUCUCGCCAUCAUCUAUCUAUCUAUCUAUCUAUCUAUCUAUCUAUCUAUCUAUCUGUUUGUUCGCAUCUAUCUCGGUCUAUUCAUAUCUAUCUAUCUAUCUAUCUAUCUAUCUAUCUAUCUAUCUAUCUAUCUAUCUAUCUCAGUUUGUUCGCAUCUAUCUAUCUACCUAUCUUGGUCUAUUCAUAUCUAUCUAUCUAUCUAUCUAUCUAUCUAUCUAUCUAUCUAUCUAUCUAUCUAUCUAUCUAUCUAUCUCAGUUUGUUCGCAUCUAAGUAUCUAUCUCGUUCUAUUCAUAUCUAUCUAUCUAUCUAUCUAUCUAUCUAUCUAUCUAUCUAUGUCGGUUUAUUCAUAUCUAUCUAUCUAUCUCAGUUUGUUCGCAUCUAUCUAUUUUUCUACCUGGCUAUCUCAGUCUGUACAUAUCUAUCAAUCUUUGCUCGUAUGUAUGUAUGUAUGUAUGUAUGUAUCUAUCUAUCUAUCUAUCUAUCUAUCUAUCUAUCUAUCUAUCUAUCUAUCUUAA